AAGCAAAGUCCAUAAAAAAGAGAAGAAUAAAACCUAUAAUCUCUAACAUAAAAAUUAGGCUAUAUUUAUAUCAAUGGUUUACAUAUUCCUGUAAUUGAAUAUAAUAUUUAAUAAAAGAGGUUGAAUUCUAGAAUCAAUAUGAAUAUUUUAGAGGACAAAUUAGAACAUGUCCAAUUGGGGGAAGAAACUGAUGAUGAUAGUGAUGAUACUUCUUCCAGCACAGAAGAUGACGAUGAAGUAGCUCCCAAUUUUCCGGUAGCGAUGUGGGACUUCAACCAGUGUGACCCCAGAAAAUGUUCUGGUCGAAAGUUAGCUAGAAUGAAAUUAAUAAGGUGUCUCAAGAUUAAACAACGAUUUCCCGGAAUCGUCCUUUCACCACUAGGAGAAAAAUGUGUCAGCCCUCAGGACCGAGAAAUCGUUGAAAGCAAAGGAAUUGCAGUUGUGGAUUGUUCAUGGGCAAAAAUAGACGAGACACCAAUAUCAGCCUUGAAAGCAACUCACGGGCGUCUUCUACCGUUGUUAAUUGCAGCAAAUCCUAUAAAUUAUGGUAGGCCAUACCAGUUGAGUUGUGUUGAAGCUAUAGCUGCAACGAUGUAUAUAACUGGUUUCAGGGAAUCUGCUAAAUUUUAUCUAAAUAAAUUCACAUGGGGGCAUUCGUUUAUUGAACUCAAUAAGGAAAUAUUAGACAUAUACUCCCAGUGCACUGACAGCAAAUCAGUUAUUGAAGCCCAAAAUAAAUUUGUGGAAGAAGAGCAGCUGAAACAAACACAGAGAAAAGCUCAAUCUGAUUUUCCAAGUUCAAGUGAAAGUGACAGCGAAUAACAGAAUCCUAUCAUCAGUUUAUGAUGAAAGAUAAAUGUACCAUUUUUCCAAUGUUAUUGUAAUGUAUAAGUAUGUUUUUUUGAUCAAAUAAAGUAUUUUAUAUUUACAGAGAUAACAA